GGAGUGAGUUGGGGAGUAAAAUGGCGGCAGGCGGACAGCGAGCGGGGCGCUGGGGAGAAGCAGCAGUCUUUUAGCCAAAGACAAAAACAGUCGUCGGUGCUGGGUCGUCACCGCGGUUUAGUUCAGACUGACAAAUUUUGUUUCCGUUUUCGUUCGUCGGCGUCAUUUUGUGAAGCAUGGAUCGGCUGGCACCCUUCGGCAGUGACCCCUUUGAUCAACCACCAUGUCGUGGAUGUUCCUCUUAUCUAAUGGAACCCUACAUAAAGUGUGCAGACUGUGGACCUCCUCCACUACUUAUAUGUUUACAGUGCUUUACUAGAGGGUUUGAAUACAAGAAGCAUGAAAGUGACCACAGUUAUGAAAUAAUGACAUCUGAUUUCCCCAUUUUGGAUCCAAACUGGACUGCUCAGGAAGAAAUGGCAUUACUUGAGGCAGUGAUGGACUGUGGUUUUGGAAACUGGCAAGAUGUAGCCAACCAGAUGCGUACAAAAUCCAAGGAAGAUUGCGAGAAGCACUACAUGAAACAUUUUGUCAACAAUCCGCUCUUCUCUUCUACAUUACUAAGUUUGAAGCAGCCUGAAGAAACCAAAGACCUUGAUACAGCAAUCACAUUUAGAGCUUGUGAUGAUCCACCCAGACCAACGUUUGAUUCUGCAGUGUCAAGAGAUAUGGCAGGAUAUAUGCCAGCACGAGCAGACUUUGUUGAAGAAUUCGACAAUUAUGCAGAAUGGGAUUUGAGGGAUAUUGAUUUUGUAGAAGAUGACUCUGAUAUUUUGCAUGCUUUGAAACUUGCAGUGGUUGAUAUCUAUUAUUCCAGAUUAAAAGAGAGACAACGAAGAAAAAAAAUUUUGAGAGACCAUGGCCUGAUCAACCUCAGAAAAUUUCAAAUUCUUGAACGACGGUAUCCUAAAGAAGUUCAGGACCUCUACGAAGCUAUGAGACAUUUUGCAAGACUACUGGGACCUACAGAACAUGACAAAUUUAUUGAAAGCCAUACAUUGGAUUUUGAACUUCGGAAAGAGAUCAAGCGAUUGCAAGAAUACAGACGGGCAGGCAUCUUCACAUUCCGUGGCGCCAAAGUAUAUGAUUGCUUGAAGGUGCAUCGUGAGGAAGAGCGUCUAAAACGCAACAUGCUCACAGAUGUUCUUCAGUGUCUACAGGAUUCUAACGCCUGCCAGCAGUGGUUACACAAACAAGCAGCAAUUGAUUCAGGAUUAAACCCUGUGGCACUCGUCAUUCCAACUGCAGAUGGAGCAGGUAGGAGAAAUGCACCCCCACUGAACCUCACAGGUCUUCCUGGAACAGAGAAGCUCAAUGAUAAGGAAAAAGAGGUAUAUGCAUUGGUCUGCUUUUUUGAGAUUCUGAAAUCCUAAUUAUAAAUUAACCCUUCACUUCAUGGGCCUGAGCGGGGGAAGUUAUUUAAUUAGUUCCAAACAAAAGGCUACCAUUUAACCUUCCUUUUUUGACAUAUUCUGCAAUUCCAUUCCAUUUUGGCAGCAGUAAUGAAAAAAGAAACUUCACCAUUAUUUACGAUAAUGGAAAACACUGGAAAUGCAACAAUCAGGAGACAGACGGAUGGAAUGUUUAUCAAGUAACAAGGAAGGCUCUUCCUAUAGUUACAAGAUCUAUAUGUAGAACUUCAAUAUAUGAUAAAUGUGUUUGAAUAACGUUCUUUAUGGAUCUUUUCUACCCACCUAUCUAUAGCUGUGCCAGAUGGUACGAUUGGUCCCAGGAGCAUAUUUGGAAUACAAGUCGGCUUUAAUGAACGAGAGCAGCAGGUUAGGUGGCCUGAAACUAGCCCAGGCAAGGACUCUCAUUAAAA